AUGCUCCCUCGCACCACCCAAGACAUCGUCCACGACAAAGAGACAACCCCGCUCAUCAAGCAGGGCACCUCUGGAAGCACUGGCCAGAACGCCAGAACGCUUGACGCACAAGACAUCCCGCCUCGCGGCACGGGGCACGACAAGAUCGACAUUUGGCUCCGAGAACAGCGCAAGCUAAACACCGGCUGGGCUCGGGCAAUCUUCCCUGCGGAGAUGUACUUUGCUAUGGCUGUUCUAUAUAGUUUGCCCGUCAUUUUUUGGGGGAGCAAGAGAAUGAUGUUCAUGGAGAUUAUAUUUGGAGUUGUCUGUGCUCUGGCCGGUGGACUGGCCGCGGGUGUAAAAUUUUGGUUGGACAGACACGUGCAGAAGGUGGCGGAAAGUAGUAUGAAGGUAGCGUUGAUGGACGGAGACGAAGGGAACGCGGCACAGUUCAUGUAUAACCGUGCGGUACCUGUAGACUUUGUCGACAAGAAGAACGAAAAGCACGAAUUUCAUUGUUUCCCCCCGGCACAAUUUUAUCCGGUCCCGCUCCCGCCCACUAGCUUCCCUCUCUUCCGAGAGACUUCUUUCUACGUGGAUGAGACCCACUCAUUUCCACCCUUCGUCUUUGCGUCCACGCUGGUGGUUAUGAUCAUGUCGAGUGCCGACGACGGCAGAGAUGCGCUCCCGUGGUGGGAGUUUGUCUUUGGCAUCACACUGGGUGUCGGUUUGAUGCUCCUCUUGUGGUCGUUGGCUUUGAUAUGUGGUCCCAAGUACUGUGUCCAGGAACGAAGGAAAGCUGCAACCAGUCAGAGCCAGGAGUGGAAAGGCUUAUCUGGAUGCAAGAGCAAAUGGGAUGGUGGGGAGUCUUGGCGAUGGAGCAGUCGUUGGGGAAUGAAAGGAUGUGUACUUUGAAGGCGGCAAUGAGAGAGGAGGAGAGGCGAUAUGUUGACGAGCGAAAUAAGUUGCUGCAGACACGCAUCGCACAGGGUCGUUCCAGCCAGCAUGAAUAUGAGGCGCUCUCGAAGUCUAUCAACGUUGAGCUCUUGAACGGUGCUGUCUAGGAUGAAUGGCUAGGCCUGAAUGUAGGUACUGGUAUGACUGUAAUGCGUUCUUUCAUGUUCUAGAAGCCGAGUGAUGAGCGGAUACAAAAGAACCAGAGGUCGAGAGGUAAACCAGAAGAAAGACGAAUUUAUUAUGAAUGGAAGGUAAAUCGUGUAGCAGCCGCACUAGUCACUCUCUAUUUC